GUCGACUUCGAUUCGUCGAUUCGUGAAAAUAUACAGCAGCGUCAAGCAGAAGGGCCAGCAGAGACAACCAUGAACGUACCGGAUGGAGGUCCGGACCCCGAGAAACCUGUGCAUACGCAAGAUGACGUCCAAGAGGAAGGUUUAAGGUCAACCGCCUUAAGAACCGCUCCGGCCUUACCUGAAAUCGCUGCAUUUCCUACCUCGCCGGAUGACUUUGGCAUGAAAGAUGACGAGUAUAUCAGCGGAUAUAGGCUCUUUGCGGCCCUGUUCGGUAUAAUCUCUAUCUUCUUUAUCGUUCUUUUGGAUUUGAGUAUUAUCUCUACGGUGAGUACGAAUAGCCCACAGAAUCACUGUGUGCCCAGGGACCUUUAUCAUUGCACCCAAUGAUGGAUACGAUUAAGAUAUACUAGCUAAAUGGCUGAUGACUUUACC